UUUGAUCCGCAUUCAGUACAGUGAAUAUCAGGCAGGUCUCCAUGUGGAACCUUUGCCAGGAGUAGCCAGGGAUUCAGUCGGGACAGUUUUGGUGAAACACAGGAAGAGCACACAGGCGGUAUUUUUGGAUUUGGUUGCUUGUUUGGCGGAUCGUUUACACUUAUCAGCCAAAACAAAUAGUCGAACAAAAAGGAGCUCCGGUUUAUGAGGCCGUGGCAGCAGCCACGUGACCCCGGGGUGUGCCAUGUUGGUGAGGGAAACGCCAGAAUGGCCUCGGGUCCUCUGAAAAAGAAAAGCUACCUGGGACAGCACCAGAUCAAGAAGAAGACGAGCAUCCCAGCAGGCGACCACGAGCCAAGGGAUGGAGAUGGGCUGCUGCAAAAACCAUCAGACAAAACUAAUAGAGCACAGAGCAGUGGCAGAGAUGGCCUCAUGGGUGGAAGAGGGGCUCUGCUUCCAUUGGGUGAAUCCACUUUAGCUCUCGACGAAGAGAUGCUACAGGCUCUGGACGCUGCCGAUCUUUCUAAGGGCGACGUCAAAAGGGAUGGGAAGGGUGCGUUUCCUCCUCCGCGGCCCGCUCCACAGACCGCACGCCGUAAAUUGGAUGGAAAGCCAGCAAAGGUGGACGGGGAAUCGCUUCCUUUCACCAACGGUGCGGAGGAUCCUCAGCAGGGAGGCUUUAAAUCCAGAUGGGAUUCGAACAGACCGGGAUGGCGAGCCGACUGCAAAGACCUGGCUCAGAAGCUCCUCUUCAGUGAGGACUCCGGUGAGGCAGACCGUUGUACGAGAAACCAAGAGAACAACCGUUCCGACGACGCUCCCGCCUCGGCCAGCGCUCUGCCAUGUAAAGAAACGCAUAGCAGGCAGAAGGCAGGCGGCUCCAGAAAGCAGGAGCUCAGAGGAAGAGGCUCUGCUCCAAGCGACGGCAAAGACAAGUCGAUGAAGAACACCGAUCCGCCUCUGGAUGUAUCUACGGACUAUAUUUUAUUCAGCCCCACGCGUCUCGCAGCGGCCAGGCGGAGGACCAAACUCCAGCAGUCGCUACACAAUCAGUCCGUCUCUGUGCUCACGGUGCCCAGCGGCCUGGAGCUCAGCACUCUCAGCGACACACUUCCUCCGCCAGGCGUUGCCGUGCGCGCUCCCGAGCGGCAGGCCGAAAAGCUGCUGUUAUCCAGCUGGGGCUUGCCGAAGCCCGUCCUGGAGCGCUACCAGCACCACGGGGUCACUCGGAUGUUUGAAUGGCAGGCCCAGUGCCUCGCCGUCGGACAGGCGCUGCGCGGGGGGAACCUGGUGUACUCUGCACCCACCAGCGCCGGCAAGACUCUGGUGUCCGAGCUGCUGAUCCUGAAGCGCGUGCUGGAGACCAGGAGGAAGGCGCUUUUCAUCCUGCCGUUUGUUUCCGUGGCCAAAGAGAAGAUGCACUACCUUCAGAGCGUGUUCGAAGAGGCUGGGAUUCGUGUGGAGGGCUACAUGGGGAGCACUUCAGCUGCGGGAGGAUUCACCACGCUGGACGUGGCUGUUUGCACCAUAGAAAAGGCCAAUUCUUUAAUUAACAGACUGAUUGAAGAAAACAGCAUGGAUCUCCUGGGCGUGGUGGUGGUCGAUGAGUUGCACAUGGUCGGUGAUUCUGGAAGAGGCUACCUGCUGGAACUGCUCCUGACCAAAAUCCGCUACAUCGCCCAGAAGCAGAACACAUCAGGGUCUCUCGCAGAGGGCGUGCAGAUCAUCGGUAUGAGUGCCACUUUGCCGAAUCUCUCCCUGCUGGCUGGUUGGCUGGGCGCAGAUUUAUACCAGACAGAUUACAGGCCCGUACCCCUGCAGGAGCAUCUCAAAGUGGGAGGCAACAUAUAUGACAGGAGCCUCUCCGUGGUCCGACAGUUCACCCCCGCUCUCAACGUUAAGGGUGACGACGAUCACAUCGUGAGCCUGUGUUAUGAGACGGUGAGAGAAGGCCACUCCGUGCUGCUGUUCUGCCCCUCCAAGAACUGGUGCGAGAAGCUGGCCGAUACCAUCGCCAGAGCGUUCUUCAACCUCAGAAAUACAGAUCCUCAGGGUGAAGGCGUGCCUCCACCUGUGUGUCUGGACACGGCGGGCCUGGUCGAUGUAAUAGCUCAGCUCAGGCGAACUCCGGCCGGCCUCGACCCCAUCCUGCAGCGUACGGUCCCGUGGGGGGUGGGCUUCCACCACGCCGGACUGACGUUUGAUGAGCGGGACGUGCUGGAGGGAGCUUUCCGUCAGGGCUUGGUCAGAGUUCUGGCGGCCACCUCCACCCUUUCAUCGGGAGUCAACCUUCCCGCUCGCAGGGUCGUCAUACGGACUCCGGUUUUUAACGGCCGCUUGCUGGACCCGCUCACGUACAAGCAGAUGGCUGGACGAGCUGGGAGGAAGGGGGUGGACACGACAGGUGAAAGUGUGCUUGUGUGUAAGCAGAACGAGCACCAGAAGGGCAUCAGUCUGCUCCAGGGUGCCCUUCAGCCAAUCAGCAGCUGCCUGGUGCGGAGGGAAGGCGAGGGGGUGACCACCAGCAUGCUCAGAGCCAUCCUGGAGGUUAUUGUUGGAGGUGUGGCCAGCUCUCCGCGGGACGUGAGGCUGUACGCCUCCUGCUCCCUUCUAGCUGCCAGCAUGAGAGACGACGGCGGGAAAGAGUCGACAGAAGAGACGAGCAGCGGAGCUAUUGAGGCUUGUGUUGAUUGGCUGAUGGGGAAUGAGUUUAUUAGUAUUCAAAGGGACGGGCAAGAUGAGCAGUACUGUCCAACCCAACUCGGCGCCGCCACUCUCUCCUCAUCCCUCUCUCCUCCGGAGGCUUUGGGAAUAUUUGCAGAUCUCCAGCGGGCCAUGAAGGGAUUUGUACUCGAAAGUGAUUUGCACAUCCUGUAUCUGAUUACUCCGCUGUACGCCGAGUGGACCACGAUAGAUUGGUAUCAGUUUUUCUGCCUGUGGGAGCAGCUGCCGUCGUCGAUGAAGAGGGUGGCGGAGCUGGUCGGGGUCCAGGAAGGCUUUCUUGCUCGAUCUGUCUCAGGCAAAAUUGUGGCCAAGACAGAGAAGCAGCUCAGACAGAUGGCCGUUCAUAAGCGGUUUUUUACAACUCUUGUUCUCCAGGAUCUGGUUAGCGAGGUUCCUCUGGGAUCCGUUGCUUCAAAGUACAACUGCAACCGAGGACAGCUGCAGUCUCUCCAGCAGUCUGCUUCUACGUAUGCGGGCAUGGUAACGGUGUUCUGCAAGCGUCUGGGCUGGCACAACAUGGAGCUGCUGUUGUCUCAGUACCAGACCAGGCUGAGCUUCGGAGUCCAGAGGGAGCUCGUCGACCUGGUCCGGCUUUCCCUCCUCAAUGCAACGCGAGCCAGAGCGCUGUACGCCCAGGGUCUCUGCACCGUGGCCCAAGUAGCCCGGGCCCCUGUUGCUGACGUGGAGAAAGCGCUGCGCAACGCCGUCCCAUUCAAGAGUUCUAAGCGAGCGGUGGAUGAGAGCGAGAUGGAGGCGGCGGAGAGGCGGAACCUGCGCUGCGUGUGGGUCACUGGCGGACGGGCUCUGACAGAGCAGGAAGCAGCUGCUGAGAUCGUUUCUGAGGCCAGGCUUCUCCUUCAGGAGGACCUGGCUCAGCUCGGCGUUCACUGGGACCCGUCGACACUCCCUCCACAGGCGCCCUCUGGAAGCAGCUCUGAUGAUUCCCCCAGCGGGGACUCGGACGCUGCGUCUGCCCCGCAUGUCGCCCCGCGCCGUUCGCCGAUGCGCAGGACUGAAGGGCAUCCGUCGGGAACGCACACGGGGAGGAGGAACACCAGUAAGAGUCACGGGGAGGAGAUUGGGAGAGAUGCCGAAAUCCAGGAGAAGGUUGCCGAUGGGAAAGGCGCGCUGGAGGGAGAAGCAAAGAAGCCAGAUGUGACGGACCCUGAAAUCAGCGACGUUCUGGUAGAAAGAGCUGAGGGAAGAAAUGAAGCAAAACCAAGCACAUCCAGACAAGACGAGGCUGAACAUGAGGACAAACAGGAGACAGCAGGGGCUGUACAACAUGGGGGAAGGUUGGAAAGUAUCAGUUUAGUAGAAGAAGAUAGAAGAAAAAGAAACAAAUCAGUCGAAGAGCAGACUCAUCAUUAUUUAAACCAGCCUGCUGCUGAAAUGAGCCUCACUCAGGAGUUAGCCGAGAUCGUAUCCAGCCCUCUCCCUCCGCCGCCCCCGCCCCCACAGCCUCAGCCCCCACCCUCCCCCGCCCCGCCCCCAAGGUUCAGAGCCCCGGUUUGCCGCUUAGCGCAUCGACCAAGUGCCCCCACAAGCACAGAAAAAGGAGACUGUUCUUCUCCUCUGCUGCCUGGCACACCAAAGCACUCGGCUGCGUUGCGCAAAGUCCUCCAAUCGAUACAGACCGGCAGGGGCGUGCAGGACCGGCUGCAGCCUGCUGACUUAUCGCCGUCAAAAGUCCCCAACGCAGCGCCUGUCACUCUUCAAGAAAACCCAGAUGUCGCUUCUACACCUCCGGGUGCAGACUCUGCUCCCCUGUUCACUCCCGAGGCCAAGCGGAGGAGAACGGAGGCCGGGGGCGUGGAUAGGUUUUCCUCUCCUGAGCUGUACGCAGGCAGCAAGACUGACGAAGAGGAGCAGAGGGACGCAGAGGAGGAGGAGGAGGAGGAGAGUUUCGGCCGCAGCUUGGACCUGGACACUCAGACGGAGAGAAUAAUCGCUCAGCGUCCGCUCACAGGUACAGCCGGAGGAAGAGACGAGGCGGCGGAGCAGCAGGGGGAGCGACGCGGGGACCGGGUGAAAGGAGCAGACGAUGACAGAAGGGACGAAGCUGAAGGCCCUGAGACGGCGGCCGCCAGGUUCCAGAUUUCUGUCACAGAGAGUCAGAUGGAGCUCAUCCUCAACAGCAACCCCAGAGCGUCUCCCAGUCCAGCUCAGGGAGAUACAGACCAGGCUGGAGAUGAUCGUCAGCUCCCUGACAACAACGAGGCCGCAGCAGAGAGUCCCGACGGGAGCAGCGGCUUCCUGUUCGACAGCAUGCACGACAGCGCUCUGCUGGACACGCUGCUCCUGAACCCGUCACCCGAGCCGGCAGGCGAAGACGAAGAGCCCGCCGGCCCGGCCCCGUCCGCCCAGCAGAAACGACGCAGCGAGCUUCUCGCCAACCAGGAGGCGGAGGAGCAGGAGGCGGUCCGGUGGGGCGAGUCCUUCUUCUGUCUGUCCGAGUGGGGGGAGUCGUUCCUGGUGGGAGAAGCGUUUCUGGGGAGGCAGGCGUUGUCGAGACACGCUGAGGGAGGCGAAGGGAACCAAGGGCUGCAGCAACCGAGCAAAGAGGAAGAGUCCGAGGAGGAGAAAGCCGGCGGCCGUCAGAGAGAUGAAGAAAAAGAUGCUCAACAUGUUGAAAAGCAAACCGGAGAAGAGAGAGAAAACCUUAUAGAAAAUGAUGUUUUUAGAACCCCAGGUGUCCAAAACUCUCCUGAAAGUGCCUUUUAUUGCAGCCCUGGGUUACAGGAGAUCUUUGACCGCUGGCCCAGCAUGUCUGACCAGCCAGGUCCCACCGCCAUCGCCGCCGCUGACACAGACGAUGCUACAGAGCUACCCCGGCCAGCGGCACAGCCGGGCAGAAAGAGGAAACAGCCCCAACAACCCGACGCUACUCAAAAGGCGCAACCCCCCGAGAGACCAGGCUCGGCCGGCGACCUCAUCCCCCCCACGCAGGACACGGCUCCAGUCACACCCAGAGUAAAGCUGACCACCUCCUCCGUCCUCUCGCCCGCCGUCACCCAGCCCCUGAAACAGUCCACCCCCUCAAACCGCCUCCAGGAAGGACCAACGGACGGAGAGCGAGCCACGGCCCACGCAGCCGUCUCCGUUUCUGACGGUAGACCACAGAGGAGCCCCCCGACUGGCCGGAGCCUCUUCUUCCCCCCACAGACGGCGGCCUCUCCGCCGUCCCCCCGGCCUGAGCCUCCGUCCGACGCAGAGUCCCCGGUGAGUCCCGGAGGCUUCGCCCUGCAGCUGUCCCAGGACGCCUCGCUCCUCUGCAGCGACUCGGGGAGCUUCUCCAUCAUUGACGUGGCGAGCGACCGGCGCCUGUUUGACACGUUCAUCAAAGAAUGGGAAACCAAAGAGCGGUUCUCUGUGGCCUUGGCCUGCGAGCGGAGGGCGCACAGGCGGCGGCCUGAGGACGACACAGGGGGGAGACAUAGGAGAGCAUCAGCAGCUCAUCCUACGCCUGACGGUUUCCCAGUAGGAGACGACGAGGGCCGCACUCUGAUUGGACUAUCCGUCUGCUGGGGAGUCAGGGACGCCUACUAUGUUUCUCUGCAGCAGGAGCAGAGCGAAGGUCUGAGCUCCAGCCUGGCUCCUCCGCCGCUCGACGAGGCUCUUCCGGUAACGCAAAGGCUGCAGCGGGUGAAGGCGUGUCUGAGCGCAGCACCGAGCGGUCGCAGGGGCCGCGCGGUUGUCGUCUAUGACAUCAUCAAGGUGUACAAGAGGCUGGUACGAAGCUGCGGCAUCAGCCUGGAGGGAAACUAUGAGGAUCCCAAGGUCGCCUGCUGGCUGCUGGACCCCGGCAGGGAGGAAAGAACUCUACCCAACAUGGUGACCGUCUAUUGUCCCGAAGAACUACCCCUGCUGGACGGUCUGGGCAACGCACACUCACACUGUCCUCGAGUCAGGGCGGCCACCGAGAGCGUGCUCGUACACGCCGUCAUGCAGCAUCUCUCCGGCCUGCUGGAGCGGGACGGCGCCCUGGAUGUGUUUAGGAGAACGGAGAUGCCCUCCCAGGUUUGCCUGGCCCUGCUGGAGCUGAACGGCGUCGGCUUCAGCGCGGAGGAGUGCGAGAGGCAAAAGCACGUGAUGCAGGCCAAGCUGUCGGCGCUGGAAGCCGAGGCUUACAGCCUGGCUGGACACAGCUUCUCCCUCACCAGCGUCGACGACGUAGCGCAGGUGUUGUUUUUGGAGCUCCACCUGCCUCCAAACGGCGACGUAGACGGACCAAGAAGUAAGAAGACCCUGGGUUACACCAGGCGAGGCGGCGGCAGAGCGCGCCUAGGGAAGCAGUUCAGCACCACCAAGGAUGUUCUGGAGAAGCUCCGUCCCCUGCACCCGCUGCCAGGCGUAAUCCUGGAAUGGCGGCGGAUCACCAACGCCCUGACUAAAGUGGUGUUCCCCCUGCAGAGGGAGAAGCGGUAUGAGGCCACACUGGACAUGGACAGAAUAUACCCCGUGGCUCAGACCCACACGGCUACAGGUAGAGUGAGCUUCACUGAGCCGAACAUCCAGAACGUCCCCAAGGAUUUUGAGAUUUCCAUGCCUACGGUGGUAGGAGAGAGCCCUCCUUCACAAGGCGGCUUCCAGAUGCCCAACAGACCGGGAAGGAGGAGACGCUCUGUGGCUCCACUUCCUGCUGCUGCGGACCAAGGCCCGGCCUUCUCUGUCAGCAUGAGACACGCGUUCGUUCCCUUCUCAGGGGGGAUGAUCCUGGCGGCUGACUACUCUCAGCUGGAACUGAGGGUGCUGGCUCACCUGUCGAAGGAUCAGCGCCUCCUGCAGGUGCUGAACGGAGGAGCAGACGUGUUUCGUUGCAUCGCUGCCGAGUGGAAGAGCGUUGAGCCGGCGUCUGUGCAGGACGACCUCAGGCAACAGGCCAAACAGAUCUGCUACGGCAUCAUCUAUGGAAUGGGAGCAAAGUCGCUCGGGGAGCAAAUGGGAGUAGAGGAGAAUGACGCCGCCUGCUACAUCGAGAGUUUCAAAGCAAGAUACAAAGGGAUCAACGCCUUUCUCAAACAGACCGUGAAGAAGUGCUUGAAGGACGGCUACGUGCAGACGCUGAUGGGCCGCCGCAGAUAUCUGGCUGGGAUCGCCAACGCCAAUCCGCACGUCAAGGCUCACGCGGAGCGACAGGCGGUCAACACGACGGUGCAGGGGUCGGCGGCCGACAUCGUCAAGCUGGCUACCGUCAACAUCCAGAAACGGCUACGGGAGACGUAUCCCUCCGCGCCGCUGUCUCACCAACACUCAGCUCACAAUAACCAGCGCAGAUUUGGGACGUCUCGGCUCCGGGGGGCCUACUUCAUCCUCCAGCUUCACGACGAGCUCAUCUACGAAACCACAGAGCGGGAUCUGAUCCAGGUCGCCCAGAUAGUCAAGAGGGAGAUGGAGUCGGCAGUGAAGCUGUACGUGAAGCUGAAAGCCAAAGUCAAGGUCGGACCCAGCUGGGGAAACCUGCAGGACCUCGAUAUAUGAACCGACUAUAAUGCUGCCUUUUAACUUAUUCACAAUCAUUUGCACAUGAGGUUUUUAAUCAUUACAUAGACUAUGAACUUAGAUGUCUAUCUGCUCAGGUUUUGAACAUAAAAUCUACAUUAACUUUUUCUUUUAUAGGCUUAUACAUUGAAUUACUUACCAGUAAGAUGACUUAUCAGAUGUUUUAUGAACUGACUGUAGAUAUGGACCAAUCAUAUCCCCUCAAACACUAAACUCCCACUUAUUUUGACUGUAAUUAAAUUGGAUUUGUGACGCAUCUAAUCUUGUAAAUCCAGCCUUUUGUUUUGGAUUCAUAACUUUAGAGUCUAAUGAAUUUAAAUUGGUAUUUGGCCAGAAAAGGGCUUGAUCAGUGCAUCUAGUCCCACCGAUAGAGAUCAGAUGUGAUAAAUGGGAGAUGGUUUAUGAUCAAGAUAAAGACUCACCAGACUCCUUCUCCGUUAUAUCCUGAAGUCACGUUUUAUUAGACCAUAGGUUGAGCUGGCUUUCACAAGAACAUAAAUCAUUUAUUCCUUUCAACAAACAAAAAGAUUGGUGGUACACUUAUGAAGUCCAAUAGACGUCUGCUGUUUAGAGCAACAUAAACAAAAACACCUUUUUACAUGGAUUGAUGAGAAAGUAUGCAACGUUUUAACUGUUUUCAGGUCAGCGUUUUCAUUAAAAGCAGAACACUUUACAUUUCAUCCUCCAAUGUUCAAAAAAAAAAAAAAA